GAGGCGCGGCGGCCGGCUGCCCCUGACGCGCCGCUCCGAGCCGGUGGUCGGCCAGCCCGCGCCGCCCGGGGCCCUGCGGCGCGGAGAUGAGCAGGUCGGCGGCGCUCCUGCUCUGCCUGCUGGGCUGCAACGUCUGGAAGGCGGUGACCAAGACGCUGCGGGAACCCGGCGCCGGAGCCCAAGAGGUCACCCUGAAGGUCCACAUCAGUGACGCCAGCACCCAUCAGCCUGUCCCCGAUGCCCUCAUUGAGAUUUUCACCAACCACGUCUCCAUCGCCUCUGGCACCUCGGGGACAGAUGGCGUCGCCUUCCUCAAAUUCCAGUAUAAGCUGGGCAGUCAGCUGAUUGUCACCGCCACAAAGCAUGCCUACGUGCCAAACUCUGCCCCGUGGAAGCCAAUCCGGUUACCCGUGUUUUCUUCACUGAGCCUGGGCCUGCUUCCAGAACGAUCUGCUACUCUGAUGGUGUAUGAAGAUGUUGUCCAAAUAGUCUCAGGAUUCCAAGGUGCCCGGCCUCAGCCUCGCGUGCAUUUCCAGAGGAGAGCUCUGCGGCUGCCCGAGAACACCAGCUACAGUGACCUGACAGCCUUUCUCACGGCCGCCGGCUCCCCCUCCGAGGUGGACGGCUUUCCUUAUUUGCGGGGAUUAGAUGGAAACGGAACAGGAAACGGCACCAGGUACGACCUGACCCCCGUCACAGCCGUCAGCGUCCACUUGCUCAGCAAUGAUGGAACGCCGGUGCUGGUGGAUGGCCCCAUUUAUGUCACCGUGCCCCUGGCCACACAGAGCAGUCUGAGGCACAAUGCCUAUGUCACAGCGUGGCGGUUUGACCAGAAGCUAGGAACGUGGCUGAAGAGUGGUCUCGGCCUCGUGCACCAGGAAGGAAGCCAGCUGACGUGGACAUAUAUCGCCCCUCAGUUGGGGUACUGGGUGGCAGCCAUGUCUCCUCCCAACCCAGGUCCCGUUGUCACACAGGACAUCGCCACGUAUCACACGGUGUUUCUUUUGGCCAUCUUGGGAGGAAUGGCUUUCAUUCUUUUGGUUUUGCUGUGUCUCCUUUUAUAUUAUUGCAGGCGGAAGUGCUUGAAACCCCGCCAGCACCAUAGAAAACUGCAACUUCCUGCCACCCUGGAGAGUUCCAAAAGGGAUCAGUCAACUUCCAUGUCACACAUCAACCUGCUGUUUUCUCGGCGGGAAUCAGAAUUCCCUGGCCCGCUCUCCGUCACCAGCCAGGGCCGCCCCCCGGACGCCCCGGGCUCAAAGGAGUUGAUGAGCGGAGUCCACUUAGAGAUGAUGUCUUCCAGCGGGGAGGUGGACAUGCACACGCCCAUGCUGAAGCUCUCCUACAGCACCUCGCAGGAGUUCAGCUCUCGGGAGGAACUCCUGUCUCACAAGGAGGAGGAUAAAAGCCAAAUCUCCUUUGACAACCUGACACCGAGUGGGACGUUGGGAAAAGACUACCGUAAGUCGGUGGAGAUUUUCCCCUUAAAGGCCAGGAAAUCUGUGGAAAGGGAAGGCUAUGAGUCCCCCGGCAACAGUGACUACAGGAGGAAUUACAAUGCCAUGCUCUCGCAGCCUUUAUUUGAAAAGCAAGACAGAGACAGUCAGGCCUCCGUGACCCACAUUUCCACAGGAAGUAAGCUCACCAUUCAGGAACACAUGUACCCCGCGCCUUCAUCUCCGGAGAAAGACCAGCUGAUGGAGCGCAGACCUACUGAAUGUAUGAUGUCGCGAUCGGUAGACCACCUGGAGAGACCUACCUCUUUCCCCCGGCCCGGCCAGCUGAUCUGCUGUAGUUCCGUGGACCAGGUCAAUGACAGCGUUUACAGGAAAGUAUUACCUGCCUUGGUCAUCCCGGCUCAUUACAUGAAACUCCCAGGGGACCAUUCGUAUGUGGGCCAGCCCCUGGUCGUCCCAGCCGACCAGCAGCUCGAGAUCGAAAGACUGCAGGCCGAGCUCUCCAGCCCUCACGCGGGGAUCUUCCCACACGCCUCCUCACAGAUCCAGGCCCAGCCCUUAUCUUGCCAGGCCAUCUCGCAGCAGCACCUGCAGGACGCGGGCACCCGGGAGUGGACCCCGCAAAAUGCGUCCAUGUCCGAGUCCCUCUCCAUCCCGGCAUCCCUGAACGACGCGGCCUUGGCUCAGAUGAACAGCGAGGUCCAGCUCCUGACCGAAAAGGCGCUGUUGGAACUUGGGGGUGGGAAGCCCCUUCCCCACCCCCGGGCCUGGUUCGUCUCCCUGGACGGCCGGUCCAAUGCACACGUCAGACAUUCCUACAUUGAUCUCCAAAGAGCUGGGAGGAACGGAAGCAAUGAUGCCAGUUUGGAUUCUGGCGUGGAUAUGAAUGAACCCAAAUCUGCCCGGAAGGGAAGAGGAGACCCCUUGCCUCUGCCGCAGAACCACCCACCGGUCCCGGAGCAUGCGCAGAAAGAGCCGCGGGCCGCGGACAGCUCGGCCUACACGCAGCUCGUGUACCUGGACGACACGGACCAGAGCGGCAGCGAGGGCGGCACCGCGGUCGGGACGCCCGAGGACAGCGCCUUGCGGUGCCUGCUGGACGGCUCCAGCCGGAGAAGCGGCGGCCAGCUGCCCAGCCUGCAGGAGGAGACGACGAAACGAACCUCGGACGUCCCCCCGGCGCCAUCGGCCAGUCCCGACAAGAGGCGAUCGGCUCAGGAGGACGAGGACGACGACGACGACGACGACGACGACCAGGGCGAAGGCAAGAAGAGCCCGUGGCAGAAGCGGGAGGAGCGACCCCUGAUGGCGUUCAACAUCAAAUGAGCGGCCCCGAGCCGCCCUACAGGGGACUAGAAUCCAGUUGCCAAAAAUUCUGUCUCACGGAAGCGCUGAGCUGCUUGCGGAGGGAGUUGAACCACGUCCGCCGUGGGAAGUGGGCUUUUUUCUGCAAGUACCGUUUGCUGUCAGAGUGUUAGGAAGUGAAGUUCUUACUCAGAAGAAAGAAUGCGUCGCCUCCAGGGAGAUGGCCGAACGGAGUGUCUGAAUGUCCGCGUCGUUCCCCGUACUUGAUGUGUCCACCCCCGAGGGCACCAAAGAACCACACGUGAUGUCGCUGGGUUCUGAUGAUAACCUCAGUUCUCCCGCAGAUUCUGGGAACAGAUGAAACUCUUUUUGCAUUGCUUGAAUCCAUUCUAUCACAAUAAUGCUCCUGUGAAGUUAAUAUUGAGAAAUUAGCUUGGCACUUAGUGUCUGGAGGAACUCCUGAGUGUCGCCUCUGAACAUCCAAGCCUCUUAAUGAAAUCGUACUGAAGUUUUUAUCAGCUGCCAGUUCUUCACUUCUGGUCCCAUUAACUCCAAGUGCCUUUUUUACAGUGACAACAGACAGUCCCUUACUUUGCUUUUUUUUUUCGUUUGUUUUUCUUAACUUCCUUAAUUGAACUGCCUGGAUUUUAUAAAGUUAUGAAACGAUCCCCCUUUUCUUUCAACUGCAUGCCGCCAAGUGCCCAUUCGUGCUCCGAAUUCUCAUUUCAGCUCGGUGUAUUCUCUCGUUCUCACAUGUGACGUGGAUUCUGUUUAGCUAAGCUAGCCUAGAGGACACUUUAGCGAUCCCCUUCCCUCCGCCAUCCUUUUGGCCACUAGGCACCAUUAUGGUUUUAUUGGCUGUUUGUAUAUACGGUUACGUAUUAACUCUGGAAUCCUAUGGGCUGAUCUUGCUCUCCAAACACAGAGUAUGGGCUGAGCAAGUAGACUGAAUGUGACUAUUAAACAAAUCUUAUGUACUAUCCGAAAGUGCCAGAAUGACUCUUCUGUGCAUUCUCCUUAAAGAGCUGCUUGGU